AUGUGGCGUCCCACGACCGAGCUAUCGGGCAACGCCAAGACGCUGCUCAUCUGCGCGACGCUGGCGACGGCCAACAUCUUUUCCGGCUACGACACGGCGUCGGCGGCCGCCGUCAUCGCCGACCAGAGCUUCAUCGACACCUUCCACCUCAGCGCCAGCAUGAAGGGUGCGUUCGCCUCGCUCAUCAACGUCGGCAACUGCCUCGCCUACCUCGGUCCCCUCGUCUUCUUCAGCAAGUGGUUCGGCCGGCGUUGGACCAUGGUCAUCGGCGACCUCGCCCUCAUGGCCGGCGCCUCACUCGUUGCGGGCUCGAGAAACGAGGCGAUGUUGCUCGUCGGCCGCGUGCUUUGCGGCCUUGGCGUCUCUCUGUGUCAGGGCACCUUUGCAGCGUGGACGUCCGAGAUCGCCUCUGCCGAGAUCAGAGGCACCGCAAUCGCGCUGGUCCAGGUAUCCUACCAGAUCGGAGUCUUUGUGGCGUUCUGGAUCUCGCUGGGGACCGCCAAGCUGCCCAACAACCUCUCGUGGCGCACGCUGACGGCCAUCCAGAUGGCGUUCGGCGCCAUCCUCCUCGUCUGCACGCUCCUGGCACCCGAAUCGCCUCGGCAGCUCCUCAACCGCGCCGAGGACCCGACCGAUAUGCUCGACCCCAAGGUCCGUCUUGCGCGCGACAACCAUCUCUCGCUGCGGAAGCUGCCGGAAGGCGACGUCCGGCUCGAGGGCGAGUGGACGGCGAUGCAGACCGACGUGAUGCGCCAGCGUGCCGCCGCCAUCUACGGCUCGCCGCUGCAGCUCCUCCGCCAGCGCAACGUGUGGCGCCGCAUCCUCAUCGGCGCAGGCUCGUGCAUCUUUGCCCAGCUCACGGGCGUAGCCGCGCUGAUGCUCUAUGGCAUCACCGUCUUCCAGUCGCUCAACCUCGGAGGCAAGCAGCUCAGCCUCAUCAUCAACGGCCUCGGCGGCAGCCUGCAGCUCGUCGCGUGCUUCAUGCCCCUCUUCCUCUCGGACCGCUGGGGCCGCCGCAACAUCAUGCUCUUUGGCAUCGCCGUCGCGUGGAUCGGAUACCUCUUCCUCGGCGCCCUGUUUGAGCGCUGGCCCGACGCACAGAACCGCGGCGCGGGCGUGUGGAUGGUCAUCUGCAUCUUUGCCAUCCAGUGCGCCUACGCCGGCGCCCUCGGCUCGGCCUGCAUCGUCCUCUCUGCCGAAAUCUGGCCCCAGGCGCUGCGCGACUUUGGCAUCUCGGUCUCGUUCCUCGGCCUCUUUAUCACCGUCAUCGUCGUCAACCAGCUUUGGCCCGUGCUCAGCGACGCCCUCACCUUCCGACUGUACUGGGUCAUGCUCGGCAUCAACACUGUCACAUUCAUCACCGUCUUCCUCUUUUGGCCAGAGACGAAAUUGCUGAGCCUCGAGCAGAUGGACCAGGUCAUGGGCUCGAUCGAGGCCCGCGCGUCCCUCACCCGCCUCCCCGACGCCUUUAUCUCGGACGAUGGCGAGCAGGUCGGUGGGUCGGACGAUAAGGCUGGGGCGGUCGCCGUCGCGUCGUUGAGGGCAGCCGCCUCACCCGCAGCCGAGAUGAAAGAUGCCAAGGGAGAUGUCAAGUGA